AUGGCAGAAGUGAAGCUUUAUGGUAGUUGGUCAAGCCCAUUUAGCCACAGAAUAGAGGUUGCUUUGAAACUCAAGGGCGUUGAGUACGAAUUCAUAAGCGAAGAUGUACACAACAAGUCCCCUUUGCUGUUAAAGUACAACCCAGUUCACAAGAAAAUUCCUGUGUUAGUACACAAUGGCAAGCCAAUCUGUGAGUCUCUGGUGAUUCUUGAAUACAUUGAUGAAACCUGGGAAGAAGGCCCUUCUCUUUUACCUAAAGAUCCUUAUGAGAGAGCCAUGGUGCGCUUCUGGGCUAAGUUAUUGGAUGAAAAGGGUUUGCCUGCAAUGCUGAAAGCUUGUUUGCGCAUAGGAGAGGAGCAAGAGAAGGCCAAGGAAGAAUCGACUGAACUUCUGAAAUUUCUCGAGGGCACACUUUCUGGCAAUAAAUUCUUUGGGGGUGACACUAUUGGAAUGGUUGAUAUAGUUGCCAAUUUCAUGUCAUACUGGUUUAUAAUUUGGCAAGAAUUGGCAGGAUUACAAGUGUUGACUAAAGAAAAAUUUCCAAAGUUAGGUGAAUGGAUGGAUGAGUACCUAAACUCUGACAUUAUAAAGGAAAAUCUGCCUCCCAAAGAUAAGUUGACUGAAUAUUUCCAAGCUCGUUUUGAAGCUACUGCUGCUGCUAAUGCCGCCGCUGCCGGUGGUGGUGGGUUACCCAAAUGA